GCCACCAACAAACACACACACAGAAAUACCUGUACACACACACAGACAUGUACAUACACACACAUACACACACAGAAACAUGUACACACACGCACAGAGACACAUAUACAGACACAUAUAUACACACACAGGCACGUACAGACACAGAAAUACACACGCACAGACACAUGUACAUACACACAGACACAUGUACAUACAUACACAUGUACAUGCAUGCACAGACACAUGUACAUACAUACACAGACACAGGUACACACAGACACAUGUACGUAGAUACACACAAACAAACAUGUACACAGACACAUGUACAGAUGCACACAUGUACAUGCAUACACAGACACACACACAAACACACACACAUGUACACAUACACCCACCCCCAUAAAAAGUUGCAGUACUUCGUUGUUCACUCACAGAGCCGGGUACUGCACUCUAGGGGGAGGCAGAGAGCACAGCACACACUCCCUGCUUUGCUUUCACUGCGCUCAGCUAUUGAGCAGUCUGGCGGCUUCCAGUGCCAAUGACAGAUCCAGCCUGAGCUCCGAGCCUGCUCAGCAAGACGGCCCUGGGGGACACACUCGCCCCCACCAUAAUUUCCACUCGCCAUUGGCAAGCAGGUGAGUGGAAAUUCCAAGC